CGACACGAAACCGCGCCGCCGUGUCACCGUGUCGAGUCCUUGUCGCCGGCUUCCCUCCUACCAGGAUAGCAGCGUGCCGUCCUGUCGCGAGGAUAUCAUCGUCGACACUACCACGCGGAUGAUUUUUGCGUUCUAUUCCGAUAUAUACUGGCUUAACCGGCUGCUGGCCCAGACCAUGCGUGUAUUGCCCGUCUAUGUGCGUGUCUCAUAUGCAGUCGUCUACGUCGAUAUGCUCGCGCUAUUGCACGCAGGACACCCGCUGCACGAGUGCGCACAGACAUGUCGGUGACUCGUGUGCGUACGCGCACCGACGUCUGCCAGUGCAUCAGAAAGAAAACGAUAGAUCGUGAGUCUCUUUGCAAGGGGAAGGGUGAUGGAAGGGAUAGAGGAGAAGGUAAAUGCGACCGCUGCGCGGACAGUGAAUAGUGGGGGGGCAGUGGAAAGGGUCGACGCGACAAUUGGAGGGGGACAUGCUCAGCGUCGACGGUGCUGCGGCCUGACAGCCACUGGACGAAUUCAGUCUGCCGCUGGACUUGGAACGUGUUGGAUGUAGUCGAACCUCUUGUCCAGGGUUUUUCAUCGCGGAGCAGGUUCCGCUUUCUAGUUUAUCGUUCGGUACGGUGUGUAAAGACGAGAUUCAAUCGCUAGGACGAUUCUUCGUUUGACGGCACAUCGGGAAAUAAUAAAGUUCCUUGAUAGUGCAUAAAUUUUCUUUCUCGUUGUACAGGACGAACACAAACGGUGAUUCGUCCUCGUUCGUUAAUUCAGAUCGACGCGAGACUGUGUUAUCGAAAAAACAUCACAGCUUUCGUAACCACGCCAUUGACAUUUCUAGCCAGCCAUUGCGACGGGAAUUCUGCCAAUAGAGUGCGUCUUUUUCUAAUACUGUGUCCUGUCCCUAUGUGUUUCGUGAACGAGUGAUUUCUCAAUUAGAGGUUAGAAAAGUGGCGACAAGCGGGCUGCCAGCUACGCAUCGAUAAUUGAGAAGGAAAUCUAUAAAGAUAGAUAGAAGACGAGUGACAAUUCCUGAAACCUGUGUCGAUACGAUACGAAAAGAUACUAUUUCGAAAGAGAAGAAUAGUGUGCAGCGAGAAAUCCACGAGUGAGAAACAAGUCUUAUGUUCGAAAGUCAAGGUCGUGCCUGUCAAAAGACACGCGUGUACCGGUGCAUUAACGUCUCGCCUUGUGAGUGACGCGAGGAUUCCUUUUCACCCGGUUCUGGCUCGAGAAACGUGUGUGUCUCCUUCGCAGAAGUCUCCAGGAAUUCUUUGCCUUUUUCUUCGCGUGACCGUACCGCGCGAACUUGUAUAUACGCUAUAUAGACACCAGGGACACAAACACAAUAAUACAUAAGCAUUUACGAGCGGCCAACGGCGUUCGUACGAGUGUUCUGUAAAUAUCGGUAGGACGCGGAAAAAAAAAGGAGCACCACGCUAUCGGAGAAGAACGACACGUGUGGCCAUUAGAGCACUCGUUAAACAACCGUACAGCCUGUGGUCAAGUGGCAUCGAGGAAGUGUGAGGUACAACGGAUCGAAUUAAGCAGAAACCAGGUCGUUUCCUCUUAACGGGAAUCGGGGAUCGAUCGUCGUCGACGUAAACGUAUUGAAAACGCAUUCAUCUAUCCUCGCUGCCAUGACAGUUUGAUAUCUGCGCACAUAGUUUCAACAUUUUUUUCUGCCGCUUCGAACGCUCGAGGCGUCACGCGAACGAAAUUCAAGAUAGGAGAGUUUGUAUACAAAUAAUUUUGUAACGAAUUAUCUGUCGAAUAUCAACAAACAAGAAGAGAAAAAAGUGAACUACAGUGUCGAGAAAUUCGAGGAACGAGCAGAUUUGACGAAAUAGGAACGGGACGCGAGAGUCGGGAGUGUUUAUAUGCCAGCUUGACAGCUGACGGCCAGUGGUUUCCAGCACGUCGACAACCUGGCGGCACGGUUCAAAUGAAGCUGAGGCGUCGCUGCAUGCAGACGCUCGGCGUCUCCGUGAAACAGUUGAGGAGAAAGCUGCUUGAACUGGGCGCACGAAUCCUUCACGUUCAGGGUUCGAAACCACGCGACAUGGCCCUAGUGAUGCUGUCGGUGAGCCCAGGAAUGGAGCGCAACGGCCUCAGCGGUGGACUCGAGGAUGAUCCAAGCGGGGGUGGUGGUGUAGGCGGGGUUGGUAACGGCGCUGAAGGAGCCACCGAUAGUAUACAGGAAGUGAUGGUCGCCGCCGCAAGGGAUCGGGCGAUCCGCGCCGGAAGUGUCCGUCAGGACCUCGCCCUCGACCUACCCCCACGGCUUCAGCUUCCGGAUGGCGAGGAACGUCCGUACGGAGCGCAUACCGCCCUUCAUCUGCGCGACCCUGAGCAGGAGAGCGAGAUAUACCAGAAAUGCGUUCGACCGCCUCCAAACCGAACUGUGUUCGACAGCGAGAGUCCGCCGCCUUACCGAAGCCAGUCCGCAUUGCUAGAUGCGCCUGAACGGCUGGUCCGGUGCCACAGCGCAGGCAGCUCCCUGUUGAAGGUAUUCCGAAAGUCCUCCAAUCCUAGCAGUUCGACGCCAGCAGUGGUGGUUCCGCCCAGAAGACCCACCUUGUCCAGUUAUUCCGAGUCCAGUAGCAACCUGAGCAACCUGUCCAGCCUAACAGUGGUCCCGUGCGAGGCUGACGAGGGUCAGCAGCAGCAGCAGCAGCAGCAGCAGCAGCAACAACAGCAUCAUCAUCAUCAUCACCAUCACCAUCAUCAUCACCAUCAUCAUCAUCACCAUCAUCAUCAUCAGCAAGAACAUCAGCAACAAACGUCGUCUCAACAUCAGCCACCGAACGUCUGAUCCGAGGCACGGCCGAGAAGGAGAGCGCUCGAAGCCGCAACGACCUCGAGGAGCAACGAGUUCCUCGAGGUCGACGGACGGCGGAGGAUCUCGUGGAAGCGGCGGCAUCGUGCCCCGGUCAAACAACGAGAAAAGACAGAGGAAAGGGUCGGUGACGAUACCCGGCACAAGGAUGACAGCGUUGUAUCCAAGACUGGGGCAGAGGUCGUCGUGCUUGUUCUACCCUCCUCGAGAAUCCUCGACCCGUCGAGGAUCCCUCAAGACUGACUCGCAGGAGAAACGUUGGUACGGGUUCGGACGAUGAUGAUAUACCGCCUCGUUUUCGUCGGGCUUUUAAAUCGCAGCCGAGCGCGCGGAGAAUCUCGCCGACAAACACCGGCCGAGAGGAGAAGAGAGGGUCGAUUUCGAAGGGAUGAUUCUCCUCCUUCUCCUCCUUCUCCGCCGUAUAUACAUAUAUCACACUCCUUGUAACGCUGGGUGUAGCUGUUGGAUCCUCCAUUUGGAGACCCGCUGGAUGGCCCUCCAGCUGGUUCUUUUUUCGGGAGUGGAGAUGGCCCUCUAGAACCCGCGAGAAAACGGGACACACGAGAAGAGGAACGAGGCGAGGAAGAAACGAGGCUGCGUUCGUGGGUCGGUAACCUUCGGUGCUCCAGGUGCUCGAUACCUAAAUGUAAUGUGGCAAUCCCUACUAAUGGCCAGUCUCUAGCUUAGAUCUCAGACGAUUCCAAAGUAACGUAGACGAGACAGGGUUAGUUCUAUUAAACGUAGCGAAGAAAGGAGGCGAAGAAUCCUUACAGAAUGAGGUAAUAAGAAGGUAAUAAGGGGAGUGAAUAAUAAUAAGAGGAGAAUAUAGGAGAUUGAUAAGAGAGGCCUAUUUAAGCGAGACGAAUAAAAAGGAACAAAUUAUCGAAGGCACCACCACUCACGAACUGAGUGUUCGUAUUAGAAAGACUGACGUGUGUCCUCCGAGGCAUAAAGCACCUUAGCGUCCACGUUGAGAAGAAGGGAUGAUAUUACGAGAGGAAGAGUGAUGCAGGAAACGGCCAACGAAUGUAGCUGAUGAAUUACGCAUUUGUAGUGACUAGAAAAGCCGCCAGAGUGCGCCAUUGCUGCCGACCCAACACGCAACACCACACCGAUCAACGUGACGUAAUUUCUGAUCAUCGAGUAUAUAUGUAUAUGUAUAUGUACAUGUAUAUGUAUAUCGUUUUUUGGAAGUUUGUUUCGCUGCGAAAAAGACUUAGUAAAUUAUUUAUUGGCGAUAAUUCGCGAGAGAAUGAGAGAGAGAGAGAGAGUGUGUAUGUGAUUCGCGCGAUGGAAGCGGAAACGUGGAGGAAGCGGAUGGAUCCGCCACACGAUAUAGAAUAAAAUGAAUGUAUUCGCGCGUGAAUGAUGCGUCGUUAUUGCGUGUGUGUGCGUGUAAUACCGAGCAUGAAUGUAAGAAUAAAGAGAGAGAUCCGUGUGAAACGGAUCUCGGGAGGAGAAAGAGAGAGAGAAAGAAUUGGAAAAGAAUAUGAAAGUCUUUACGAAAAAAAGGAGGAUAGAAAUAUCAUUGAGGGAAAGAAGAGAGGGAUUCUCUGAACGAUAAAUGGCGUGAUUCCUUAGUGUGUAAAUGAUAAUGAAACAAGAUGCAAACGAAUGAUGGAGAGAAAGAGAGAGAGAAAGAGAGAGAAGAAGAGAGCGAUGGAGGAAAAGUAGUGCCAAGAGCGUAAAGAAAAAAAAAAGAGGAAGAAGAAAAAGAAGAGGAAGACAAGAAGACGAUGAUGAUAAUGGUGAAAAAAAAAACUCUGUAAAUAUUAGGUUAGGUAGUUCAAUAUCAAUAUAAUUAUUACGACUAAAAAUGAUAUGCUCUAUAUACUUGAUUAAAAAGUAAUUAAACAUUACACCACGCAUAAACACGAGUUGGACGGGCCGUACGAAAUCGCCCUGGGACACGCGUUACGCUUUUCGACGAGGCCUCCGUGAGAAUUAUAGACGAGAAUGAAGGGAGAGAAAAAAAAGGAACAAGAAAAGAAUCGUUUCGAGCAUUGCGAUCGAUCCGUUUCGAUUUUUUUCUAAUCACGACGAACAGGGAGUGAGAAGUAAGAGAGAAAGAUACAAAGAGAGAAAAAGAGAAAGAAAAGACUGUUCGUCUCUUCGCGUUCAUCGAUUCCAUCGUUUCCUCGAUCCCUCCUCUUUUUUUUUCCCCUGUCGAAGAGGAAGAAAAACACUGAUCGAAGCUUUCGGACUGUUUUCGCAAGAGAGCAACACGAUUCCUCUCUCGACGUGGAAACGGAUCAGGUAUUCACGUUUUAGUGAUUGGUAACGAAUCGAAGUCACGCAGGGGAGUGGCACGAUCGGGUCGCAUGAACAGAAGGAAAAUUGAUAAAGAUUGAAGAUCGAUCGGCGUUCGUUCGCGAUGCUCGGAUCUCUGCUGCCGCGUCUCGCCGUGUUUCGAAUGGCUCGCACGAUGUCUGAUAUAAACGCUACUUUAUUAUUAUUCAGAUAGAUAAGGCUUCAGUUUUCUGACGAAAAAAAAAAAGAAAAAAAAAUAAAAAUAAAAAUAGGACGAGAUCUGCCUUGACGACGAACCGAGUGUCGACGACCGGCUUCGUUUCCCCGUUUCUACUCGGAUACAACCGUCGAAACGAUCGAUGUUUCAGCUCAGAUCGCCUCGGGAGGAUUCUUUUGGGAAUGAACGUUAGGGUUUACGGAUAACUUGUUUAGAUUUAAAUAUGCCUAAUGAUGUGUUAGGUGUAUCGUUAGACGUAUUACUAUUAAUUAGGCGUGCCUAAUCUACGGGUACGUCAUCUACAGUGUUCCUGAGAACUUUUUUCUCGAAGAAAAAAAAAAGAAAGAAAGAAAGAAAGAAAGGAUAGAAAGUUUGGUAAAGGAAAAAGUAAAAUAAUAAAAGAAAAUUAUUUUCUAAGCACGGUACCUGUAUGUACCAAGUAGAUUUCCAACUCAGCAUCGUAUGCUUCGGAUUUUUUACUCGAUAGCCAUGACAUUGUUAAUUUAAGAUACACUUUCGUAUAUAGAUUGUUAUUAGGGAUGUGAAAUAUCGAAGUUUGAAACUCGAAAAAUUUCUCGAUCUUUGAAUUUCUUGCUAUUUUUCGUGACUCGAAAUUCUCGAAAUCCAAAUAAAUUUAUAUUCUUUUAAUUAGAUCGUCUUGAUUAAAAAAGAUGAUUCAUUUCGAUUAGAAUGGUGGUAUUACUUUUUAAUUUAUUAAUUUUCAUCCUUAAUAAAACUAGACAUUUUUUAGAAAGGAAAGGAAAAAAAAAUAAAUUAAGUUCCAGGUUUCGAGAAUUUCGAAUCUCUAAAAAAUUUCAAAAUACAAAUUUCGCAACAAGUUUCCAAAAUUUCGAUCCAUCUCUAAUUAUCAUAUACGAAAGUGAGAAGAUUUGACAAAGAGGAGAGAGAGUUUGAGAGAUUAAUGCUUUCCUGCAAUCGAAAGAGACUCUGCGUACUUUUUUACAACUUUGAUAUUUUUCUCGAAAGCGACAAAAUGAAAUACGUAAAAGAAAAAAAAAAAAAAGAAAUAGUAUUUUUAUUGAAAUUAUCUUUCAACGUAGACACUUACGCGCUACGCUAAUUUCUCUUUAUAAAAUACGAUCACCAGAAAGGCCUUCGACACCUCGAUAAAGUACAAUCUUCUUACCAAAUACAAAAGUAUUGGAUUCCCAUGGCGAUCUGACAGAAACAUUUUUUCCCUCCAAAAAUCUACAAAAUUAUUUAACUCGUUUCAAUCCAUAUUACAAUUAUAAUUAAUCGAUCCAUCAAAAAAGAAAAUAUAUAUGUAUGAAUUUGCAAAGAAAAAGAAAGAAAUUGAUAAACAUUAUAUUCGAACACGAUAGGCGUGUAAACGAGCAAAAUGGCGGUAUCGACUUCGGUUCUCGACCUCGGGACAGAGCGAAACUACUGAAGUAUUUCAUGAGAAGUCACCAAUUAUUGUAAUACUUAAAAAAAAGAAAAAGAAAAAAAAAGAACCGUAUCGACGAAGGGGUCAAAUUGCAAACGAAUCACCGACACUUUUCUUUUUCUCGAUUCUCGUGUCGCCUAAAAUAUUUACCAUUUUUGUUCGACGAAAAUUCGAGCAAAACGAAAAUUCCUGCAAAUAAGUCUCGACGGAAUCCUCCAUUUUAUUCCGUGAAAUAAUUUUCUCGAAUUCGCUCCGUUCGAGAUUCGAAAACGAACAUUGAAGUAGAUCCUUAGAGAGCGAGAUGAGAAUCGAAAAGGAAAUAGAAAUGUAAAAAGCGACCAUUAAAGAGGCACCGUUUUUGGCGUUGAAUGUGUACAUUACUGGCCAUAAAUAUUAAAUUUAGUUUUUUUUUUUUUGGAAAAACGAAACUUCAACUAAAUAUCAUUUUAUUAAAACGAAUUGCAAUGAUUGUAAAAUUUUCGUUCUUCGUAAAUGCUAAAUUUAUGUCUUGAAAAAAAAUAUUAGGAAAUUUCACAAGACAAAAUUUAGUAGAUGAUAUUAGUAGUAUUAAAGUAUUUUGUUAUAUCAACUAAUGAUACCUUACAACGUUGCAACGAUAAAAAUAAUAAUAACGAUUUGAAUUAAUUAUCAUGAAAAAAUUUAUGGCCAGUAUUGUGCAUAUUAUAUAAAAGAAAGAAAGAAGAAUAAAAGAUAAAGGGAAAGGAAACCAAUGCCGAUGAAAAAAAAAAGCGUAUAAAGUCGAUCUUAUGCGUGUACACGUAUAAAUUCUCGCGCGUAUACGUGUACGCACAUACGAGAGCAAUGAAGUUGGAGGAAAAAUUAUGUCCGGGCAGUUCUACACACGACACUCGUGGUCCCAUGGACCGCGAAAAGAGACGCAAGCUCUUUUCCAUCGUUAAAAGGGGGAAAAAAAAAGAAAAAAAAAAAAAGGAAAAAUGUGUUCACGCGCAUGCAAUAUUAGGUGAUGAAGAUUAAUCGUAUAUCUCUAUGUAAAGAAAGAAAAAAAAAGAAGAAGA